UCGCUCGAUCUGUAGAUGCAGAGCAGGCGCCGAUGCCGGCAGUUGCCAGUUGCGCGGCAAACGUAGCGGCAGGUAGUCGAGUCCAUUGACGACCUCCCGGACGCUUUUACGAACGCAUUUACGAUAAAUUUACGCGAUUUUAUGAUUUUAUUUGUGAAUACGGAAAGUGAACAAUAAACUGAUGUGAUAAACGCUUGUUACCAUGUCCGGUUGAGCAUUUCGUUUGUUGUGUUACGCUGAAAAACUGUCCCAAUGAAGAUGACUGUAAACCGUAUAAGGGUAGUUGUGCUUGGCAGCCCUCGAAGUGGAAAAUCGGCCGUGGUCGUGCGUUACCUCACCAAACGCUAUAUCGGCGAAUACAGCUCUACUGGGGAUUUCCUGUACACGCAUAGAGUGGCAUUCGAUGGAGCUGUCUCGGAAGUCGAAAUAUUAGACACCUCUAAUUGUGCGAUUCGUGGGUGCCUGGGCGAGCACGUGCGGUGGGGGGAUGCGUUCGCGGUGGUGUACUCGGUGUGCGAGCGGCGCUCGUUCCUGGCCGCGGCCGAGCUGCUGUCACUGCUGGCGCAGGCUCGCCUACCUGGCUGUGCCGCCGUCACUCUCCUGGGCAACAAGCGCGACCUCGAACACGCCAGGGAGGUCCACGCAGAGGAGGGCCAGGAGUUAUCGCUGCGGUUCGGGUGCCAGUUCUACGAAGUAUCUGCCGCUGAGUCGUGUGCGGGCGCCGCGCUCGCCUUCCACGCUCUACUACGGGAAGCGCGCGCUCUAGCACUACUACUGCCUGCGCCGAGACGAAAACUAGCCGCCUACUCCGUUUCUAAGGUAAUCGGAACGAUAUUCGGAAAAAAUAGUAAGAGUGUGCGAAAGAAACGACCAUCUCUCAGUAUUUAAGUAUUAUUUAUUUUGUACAUUUAUGUUCAUAGACUGUUUAGUAUAAGAGUUUUUUUUUUUAAUUAAGGCUAGUAACGCAUGUAUGCUAUUGUUGAGAUCCCUUGACUAUAGGCUAUUUAAAAGAGCGGAUAAUUAGAGAAUCGUCCUUACAGGCUUAUAUAAUUAAAAAAAAAAAAAAAAAUAUUUAUUGAUCAUACAGUAACAAAUUUCUAAUACAAUAAAAGAGUAGAUCCCUGGCUCCCAAACUAGCUGUAACUGUAUCUUGGGAGCCAGUGGAUUCCCAUUAGUGUUACUUUUUGAUAAUCUGUUACUUAAUUAAGAUAAUCUGUAGUAGGCAAAACAAGAAAGGUGUAUUCGUAAAACAAGAUCAAACACAAAUAAAUAAAUUUUUGUGUGGUUGUGUGUUGAAACUAAUAGUUGAAUUGAAACUAAUAUUAAGAUGUCAUUACGAUUUUAGCAUCCAUGUGUACUUAGCCUUAAGAUAUACAUUAUAUACAAACCUGUUUUACAGCUGAUUGAGGAAUAUUCGUUAGCAUACUAUUUAUGAAUUAAAAUAGUAUGCUGAUUUGAAUAUUUUAUAUUAUUUAACAUUCGUUUUUAUAAAUGUAGACUGAAUCGUUUUAAAUUCUUCAAAGAGGCUACCGUUAAACGUUACAAAGGAAAUCAUUUUAACUAGUUUUUACUUUUCAUCUGUAUGUAUCCGUGCGUUUAAAUGCGUUUAGAGGCCUUGAUUUUUGAAAAAAGGUAUGAUAAUUAGUGACCAUACUAAUGAUAUGUAACAAAAAGACAAACACGACUAGUGUAUAGUUUCGUAGACAUUAAAUAAGCUCAGUUUCAAUGUAUUGAAGUGCCAAGAUAUAAAUAAUAAUCUAUAUAUUUUUA